GGGGGCGGUGCCAGAGGGCUCCGCCCGACUCGGCUACCUGCUCUGCCUGCGCGCCUUUCGGCUCCUUUCUCGCCAUGGCUCCUAAGGGUGGCUCCAAGCAGCAGUCCGAGGAGGACCUGCUCUUGCAGGAUUUCAGCCGCAACCUCUCGGCCAAGUCCUCCGCGCUUUUCUUCGGGAAUGCCUUCAUCGUGUCUGCCAUCCCCAUUUGGUUAUAUUGGCGAAUAUGGCAUAUGGAUCUUAUUCAGUCGGCUGUUCUGUAUAGUGUGAUGACCCUAGUAAGCACCUAUUUGGUAGCCUUUGCAUACAAGAAUGUAAAAUUUGUUCUCAAACACAAAGUAGCACAGAAGAGGGAGGAUGCUGUUUCCAAAGAAGUAACUCGAAAACUUUCUGAAGCUGACAAUCGAAAGAUGUCUCGAAAGGAGAAAGAUGAAAGAAUCUUAUGGAAGAAGAAUGAAGUCGCUGAUUAUGAAGCUACAACAUUUUCCAUCUUUUAUAACAACACUCUAUUCCUGGUCUUGGUCAUUGUUGCUUCCUUCUUUAUAUUGAAGAACUUCAACCCUACAGUGAACUAUAUUUUGUCCAUAAGUGCUUCAUCAGGACUCAUCGCCCUCCUGUCUACUGGCUCCAAGUAGACCAUGUCAGCUUUCCCCCUGACUUUGUAUUUAUGGGUGGCCUGUGGUAUAUGGAAAAGUAGCAGGGUGGUCAGGGUGGGAGACACACCAGAUGUUUUUGUAGCCUGGAAUUCAAGGAUUUAAAAAAAACCAACAAAAUGUAAUUCAGUAUUUGUUUAUUGGCUCUUUUUGACAGAUUGUUGAAAUUAAAUGAACUGAAAGAGAAACGCAGAGUACUAGGACAUUUAUUAAAAGGCAAAAAGUGUCUUCAAAUGUGUUAUAGUCAUAAAAAGAGAAAAUAACUUGUUUCUUUGAUCUUUCAGAGGUCACAGUAACCUUGGCUGAGCUGUUAUUAUUUAUAAUAGUAGCAAGAAGUUAAUAACUGGUCCUCUGUGUUCCAAGCACAAUAUUAUAACUUUUUUUGAACCAAUAUCAGAAUGAGUCUUCUCCCCUGGGGUGUUGAACAGAAGCCUCAUGUUUACAAGUUUCUGAAUUUGUGAUUUGAAAUAACUCAAUUAAAUUUAAAAACAUGGUUUCUCCAACUCAGGGAUGAGAAAUUUUAGAAAAGUUUUUUUGUUUUGUUUUGUUUUGUUUUAAAAAAGCAGCCAAUGUAAUACCUAAAAAUAGUGCCCAAGCAUAUGGAAGUUGUCCUGUGGUCUUAAAGCACACACUGUUCGGCUAUAUGCCUUGGGCCCUGGGUGGCCAGGGAGGUCACCUUGACCCUGCCAUGUUGGUUUGACCUGUAAGAGACCAGAAUCAUUGUUUUCUUUGACCAUGGUCUCACACCACUGGAGGAAUGUUAAGUAAGAGAGAGAACUUCUUUCCUAAAUAUUGAUACGUAAAAAACCAAAGUAAUUUUUGUAACCUUAUUUCCAGAAUUCUGAGAACUCUUGAAAGGAAGGAAUAGUGGUUUUAGUGCUUGUCUGCAUGUUUCCAUUAGUACUUUCAUAAAUUUAACCAUUUAUCCCAUAGGUUCCCAUCAGUUAUGAACCAAAUAUUGGUUUCAGUCCAGCUGAGAGCAGGCUGUUGCAUUUUUACCAGUGUGUGUACAGAUAUUUUCUGCAUGUGGCCUGACUUGAAAAAGCUCACGAAGGUUUACUUUAACCUAUAUCACUUAAAAGGCUAUGGAAUCACAGGUGAUAACGGUUUCCUAUUAGCUUAUGACCAUAUCCAGUAAUUUCUGCAAGGCAAUACCUCACAAAGAAUAGCUUAUUCCUAAUCUUUAGUUUCCACUUCUAAAUUUAAGAUGAAUGUUAUAAUUUACAUUGGUUUUCUUAUUUAUAUCUUCAUAAAAAAGGUAUUCAUUAGGAGUUCAUCUUCUAGUUCCAUGACAUUGGCUGUUUUGGUGGGCCAUGUCAAAGGAGUUGGAAGUAAGACAGGUCAGGAGCCCAUUUUCAUAGGUGACCCAGAUCAUUGCAGUUGAAGAUUAUGUUUUAUCAUUGCUUCCAGAAGUUUGCAAUUCUUUGCUUUUCUUUGAUGCAUGAUUAUCUGAGUGCCAUCUCCAGGUAUCAUGGAAUGAAUGUGGAAGUCAGAAGAGAUUAACUGUUAAGUACAGUUAGAGAAACUCCCAAGAGAUUUAUUUAAUUUUUUAACUUUUUUUUUGAUAAAUAACUGGCCAGUAGUUCGACUGGUGGUAUGGAGUUUGUGUAUAAAAUACAUUUGCUUCCUUGACAGAAUUAUUAUUUGACAAACCAUCAGCGCCUACUAUUUGUUACCAAAUCUGGGCCAUGUAUCUUUUUGAAAUUGCAGGGAAAAAAUUGCCACUAGAUGGCAGUACCUGUACAGUUGGAGGGGGGGGGUCUCUCUGGUUCUUAGUAUAUAAUACAGUGUAGCUGAGAUGGGGUGGUUAAAUGGGGAUCUCACCCUAAUAUUCUUAAUAGAAUUUCUCUGGACUCAGUAAACUGAAUAAAUUUGUAGGAGAACAAAUAAGCAAAAUUUGUUUUCACUCCUGAAUUUUUCUUUCCGUUCUUUUUGGUUUUAAUCCUGAUAAUGGUUUCUGUCUUUCUCUUUGUUAAAUAAAUUUCUGUGCAUAAGAUUAUAAGGCAUAAAUAUAUUCAUGGUUCCACAGUUUUUAUUAAGGAUUUACUCUUCUAGUACUUUACUCUUGUGAACUACAGAACCUUUUGUCCAGUAUUUGUCCCAUCAUCUAAAAGGGCUGUGUGGCACAUAGAAUUAUACUGUGCUGAAUGUGAUUUAAUUAGUAAAAUUCUGCUGCAGAAUUUUUAUCUUAAAAAGAAAAGGGGUUCUGUAAUUGGGAUCAAAGUGAUUAAAUUUUUUUUCCAAACUCCUUGUGAUAAAGUAGAAGCUUAAGUUGUUGGAACAUUUUUACAUUUCCCUAUGUUUAGUUUCCUCAUUUAUAACUUAAUAAAAUUCUUGGAUUGAAAUUAUUUUUCAUAAGUCAAAAGUUACUGGUUGCUCUCUUUGGUAUAUUAUUGCCACUUGAAAAGGAUAAUUUGAAACAAGGUUUGAAGUUAACUGAAAUUUGGAAGUUGGAGUCACACCAAAAUUUUUUGUGAAAGGUCAUGUUUAUGUCAUUAAACUUUGAUUUAUAAAA